UGGCCAGAGGAGUAGUCAAUUACCGGAGCUCAAACCGAACGGUCGCGAAGCGCAGAAGCACACAACCGUCGUGCCUAGAACGUGUGGAAGUGAUUACCGUUGACUGAUUACGCCGUUGUCUGCUUGUCCAUCCCAAGCAAAGCAAAGCAAGAAGUUGAUAACGAGUACGAGUGCCACCGCCAGCGAUAGAUUUCGAGUGACUCAUCUCAAAUAUGUUCUCGCAAACGAACAAAAUGCUGGCAGGUCUGCUGUUGGCCGCGAUCGUGGUUUGCUCGCUUUCAACCACACAAGCUGCCGAAUUUGGCAACUGUGCAAAUGAGACGGCCCUCGGUCAGUACAGCAAGGUGGAGGUAUCGAACUGUGCCGACGAUGAUGCUUCUUGUGUGCUCAAACGGAACUCGAACGCUACCAUCUCCAUCACCUUCCAAAGCAGUGAAGAUUUGGCCGAUCUGAAGGCGGUCGUACACGGGAUUAUCCUCGGUAUGGAGGUGCCCUUCAAUCUGCCCAACAACGAUGGCUGCAAGGACAGUGGUCUGGAGUGUCCACUGAAGAAGGACACUAGCUACCGUUACAGCACCACACUGCCCGUGCUCAAGCAGUACCCGAAGGUGUCCGUCGAGGUGAAAUGGGAGCUGGUGUCCGCUGGUUCGCAGGUUGUUUGCGUUCUGAUUCCGGCAAAAAUACAGUAGAAUACUCGGCUCCAUCGUCGUUGUCGCCAUCGAGUUGAAUUGGAUGAUGUCGUGGAUCGGAUCAUCUGCGUUCCUCGCUGCUUCCUUCGGCGCGAUGGCCUCAAUUCAUCGUUAAGUACCGCAGUCUCCCGAGAAGGGUGUUUCGUUCAAUUGACGUCGUCUUAGCUGCAGCAGGAAGUAAAGCAACAUAAAAAACCCCCCACAGACUCACCAGACCUCCCUCUUAUUACCACAAUCCCCACCCCCGGGGUCACAGGCAGGAUCCUCGCCAAAGAUCGUUCUGAUCAUCCGAUGUUAAUUAGAUUGUAAAGCUGCCUCCGUUGAAGAGCAAUCCAAUAAAGCAAACCGAAGCUGGAGAGUAUCGCGUUGGCGCACGUUUACCGUGCACGCGACUCCCGGCCCGGCCCCCUUUGGCGUUAGAGGAACGCCGUUACGGAA